GUCCAGAAAAACACAGGAGUCAGGAGACAACUCGCAUGGCGCCCUCUACGGAAUCGGUCGUCCAUGUGAAUUUCUCCAACCCCAGAAGCUUUGCCACCAAGUUCAAGUCCCACCUCAAAGAGACCUUCUUCCCCGAUGAUCCCUUCCGGCAGUUCAGAAACGAACCGCCGCUGCGGCGCACGAAGAAAGCUUUACAAUACUUUGUUCCCAUCUUUGAAUGGCUGCCCAAAUACACUUUCAGCAUGUUCAAGUAUGACGUCCUCGCCGGAAUCACCAUUGCCAGCCUCGCCAUCCCGCAGGGCAUCAGCUACGCUAAACUCGCUGAAAUCCCUCCCAUUAUAGGCCUCUAUUCGAGUUUUGUUCCCCCGUUGGUUUAUGCUGUUUUUGGGAGCUCCAGGAGUAUAGCAGUGGGAACAGUGGCGGCGGUGUCGUUGCUUAUAGCCUCUACCAUCGGAGAUGUGGUGUCUCCGACGGAUGAUCCGACAUUGUUUCUGCAUUUAGUUUUCACAGCCACUUUCAUCACAGGGAUCUUUCAGACAGCCUUGGGUCUUUUACGACUCGGGAUUUUGGUGGAUUUCUUAUCGCAUUCCACUAUCACCGGCUUCAUGGGAGGGACCGCAACCAUCAUCUGUCUGCAACAGCUCAAGGGUUUUCUUGGAUUGACGCAUUUCACUACUAAAACUGAUGUUGUCUCAGUUGUGAGGGCAAUCUUCAGCCAUAGGAAUGAGUGGAGAUGGGAAAGUGCAGUUAUGGGAGUCUGCUUCCUUCUCUUCCUCCUCUUCACUGUGCAGCUGAGAAAGAAACUUCCGCGGCUGUUUUGGGUGUCAGCAGUGGCUCCAAUCGUGACGGUCUUAAUUGGCUGCAUUAUUGCUUACUUCCUUCGCGGCCAUGAUGCAAUCCAAACAGUUGGUCACUUAAAGAAAGGAUUAAAUCCUCUUUCCAUCGGAUAUUUGAAUUUCAACCCUAAGUAUCUAACAGCAGUUGUAAAAGCUGGGAUCAUCACAGCCAUCUUAGGACUAGCGGAAGGGAUAGCAAUAGGGAGGAGCUUUGCGAUAAUGAGAAACGAGCAAACUGAUGGAAACAAAGAGAUGAUAGCUUUUGGGCUGAUGAACAUUCUUGGGUCGUUUACUUCUUGCUAUUUGACUACAGGCCCAUUUUCAAAAUCUGCAGUGAACUUCAAUGCUGGGUGUAGGUCAGCAAUGUCCAAUGUGGUGAUGGCAUUCUGUAUGAUGCUGACUCUCCUCUUCUUGGCUCCUGUCUUUAGUUACACCCCUCUGGUAGCUCUCUCUGCCAUUAUCACCUCAGCCAUGCUUGGACUCAUCAAGUACGAUGAGGCCUAUCAUCUCUUCAAGGUCGACAAGUUUGAUUUCUGUAUCUGCAUGGCUGCGUUUUUUGGAGUUACCUUCGUUACAAUGGAUGUAGGCCUCAUGCUCUCGGUAGGGCUUUCAAUUGUGAGAGCACUUCUAUAUGUGGCCAGGCCUGCUACAGUCAAGCUUGGAAACAUACCAAACUCCACGCUCUACCGUGACAUAGAGCAGUAUCCGGCUGCAACGUCGUUCCCAGGCGUCCUAGUCCUGCAACUGGGUUCCCCGAUUCACUUUGCCAACUCCACUUACAUCAGAGAAAGGAUUUUGAGGUGGAUUAAAGAGGAAGAGGACGUUUCAAGUCCCAAAGGGAACAAUGUCGAGCAUGUGCUGCUAGAUUUGGGAGGAGUUACCUCCAUAGACAUGACAGGCAUAGAAACCCUGGUUGAAAUCCUAAGAAACAUGGAAGCAAAAGGAAUCAAGAUGGGUUUAGUAAACCCCAGAACUGAGGUACUGGAGAAGUUGAUGGCGGCGAAAUUCAUAGACAUCAUAGGUCAGGAAGCCAUCUUCCUAUCAAUUGAUGAAGCUAUCAGAGCAUCCCAAUUUUCACUCAAUGUAUGGACACAAAAAGAUGGCGUGGACAAAGAUCAUGUUCCUGACACAAAAGGACUGCUUUGAAGGCGGCGCCUGUAAUUUGUGUUUGGAACUCGGGAUUGAGUAUAUUCUCAGGCUAAGCCUACUUGUAAACAAUAGUCAGACCAUCAAAUUUGUAUGGUAUUUUGAUUCUGUCAAUGUCUCCUUUUAUCCGGUGCUAAUAGACUUCAAAUAUUUCAUCAACA